AUGAUUGAGGUCUUUAUCGAGCGGCAUGUGUUGCCCAACUUUCCCAAGGGUGAAAUCCUCGUCGACAAGGUCGGGUCGUUCGGGUCGUUGAAUGGAGAUGCCGCUGCCGUAUCGGUGCCGUGGGCGAAUGCGCAAUCUUUCGACAUCCCCGGCCUGGCAUCGAAGUCGACAGACCAGCAACUUAAUCUGCUAUUGCUCGCGUUCGCUUUGGUCCUUCAUAGAGGGAGUAUCAACGAUGAAGGGGAUUCGUUCUCCUGGGGCCUCUUCGAGCCCUCGUACGCCGCACCCUCGCUAUCGAUACUUUCUGAAACGACCAAACUCAGUGACAUCCUCGAAGAUGAGUUGGAAAGUGUCGCAAAGAUCCUAAAAAGAUUGUCAAAUGUCCGCAAAAGAUUCGAAAAUUAUCCACCUGCAUCCAGGUCCAUUCUGUCCAUGGAGGCGGAGGGUAGACCCGUAUACAGAGACCGAUCGGCGCCCCUUUUCCGUGUAGACACCUGGGUCCAUGAACACCGUCUCUUUGUUUGGCCGUCCCAUGAAGCCUACCUGUCAGGAACGGACAUGGCCAAAUUUCAGAUCGCCGCAUUCGUGGACAUGCUGGACACCAUCUCUUCGAACCAGGAGCAGACGGUGGGCGCAGCCUUGCAGAUGGGCAAGCGUGAGCUGGCCUUGCUGUGGGGAUGGAACAAGACAGUUCCGCCCGUCAUCAACCGUUGUAUGCAUGAUAUCAUUGCAGAGAAGAUGAUCGAGCACCCAAACAAACCGGCCGUGCGCUCGUGGGAUGGCGAAGCAACAUACGGUCAACUCGAUCGACUUUCGGCUUUCCUCGCCGCACGACUGUCUGCGCUGGGCGUCAAACCGGGAUCGGUGGUGAUUCUGUGCUUUGAAAAGUCCAUGUGGACCAGUGUCGCCCUGCUCGCCGUCAUGAGAGCUGGAGGGGCAUUCGUACUCACCGAUCCAUCCCAGCCCGAGGCACGCCUGGCAACCAUAGCAGCCGAAGUCGAGGCUAGGGUGGUGAUCACCUCUCGACAACAGGCUGGACUCGGAGGUCGAAUCGCACCAAAUGCCGAAGUCGUGGUUGCUGAUGAAGAGCUUUGGAAGUCAAGUCUAUAUGUCCCACAAUACACCCCGAUCGCUGUACCGCCGGCGUCACUCCUGUACAUCAUCUUCACCUCCGGGAGUACAGGGAAGCCAAAGGCCAUUCCCAUAUCCCAUCAGAACUUCACAUCCGGAGCGAUUCCCAGAGGAGACGCCGUGGGAUAUAGGGCGCAUUCUCGAGUGCUCGAUUUCCCAUCGUAUGCAUUCGACGUGAGUAUUGACUGCAUGCUGUGCACGCUUUGCGCGGGUGGUUGCAUCUGUGUGCCUUCUGAAGAGCAGCGAGUCAACGAUCUCAGCGGCGUCAUCAAGUCCUUGGACGUAAACAUGGCGCACAUGACUCCCUCAGUGGCAAGACUGUUGUCCCGAGAUGCAAUGGCAUCGUUGGAAGUUCUAGGCCUGGGUGGAGAGUCGCUGUCCUCUUCGGAUGCUGCCAUCUGGAGUCAGAUCACCAAGCUCAUCAUUGCCUAUGGCCCGUCGGAAUGCACUGUUGGGUGCACCAUCAACAACACCGUCCACACGGACCGGCUUUGUACCAGUAUUGGGAAGGGGGUGGGAGGUGUUACGUGGCUCGUCGACCCGAAUGAUCACAACCUGCUCACUCCAGUAGGCGGCAUCGGCGAGUUGCUGAUUGAAGGUGCUAUCGUUGGUGCUGGCUACCUCAAUGAACCAGAGAAGACUGCCGAAGUCUUCAUCCAAGAUCCAACCUGGUUACUGGCCGGUUCGAAAGAAGCUCCAGGAAGACACGGCCGGUUUUAUAAAACGGGAGACCUUGUCAAGUAUGACCCCGACGGUUCUGGAGCGAUUGUCUUCGUGGGCAGGAAAGACAGGCAGGUCAAACUACGAGGCCAAAGAGUGGAAUUGACCGAGAUCGAACAUCACCUGUUAACCAAACUGGAAGAGGGCACUCAGGUCGCUGCAGAGGUCAUCACCCCAGGGAGCAAAGACCGUGAGCCAACGCUCGUGGCCUUCAUCUCGGAAAUGAAGGACAACCAAGUUCCAGUCAAUGGCGGUGUGGCAUUUUCAGCAGAGCUCCGGAGAUCGCUCGGAGACAUCGACCAAUAUCUGGCAGAGGUUCUUCCCAGCUACAUGGUGCCAACAGCGUAUAUCCCCUUAGCGGCCAUGCCGCUGCUCGUCUCCUGCAAGGUCGACCGCAAACGAAUCCAGGAAAUCGGGCUCUCAAUCACGCCGCAACAGCUGGCUGCGCUUCGAGCCAAAGUCACAGACAACCACGAACCCCAGACGGAGAGGGAGGUCGUGCUGCAGAGAAUAUGGGCACAAUUGCUUGGAGAAGGCCUUGAAAUCGGAACAAGCGAUAGCUUCUUCAGGCUGGGCGGAGAUUCCUUGAAGGCGAUGAAACUGGUGGCUGCUGCUCAAGCGGAAGGUCUGUGGCUCACGGUGGCAGAUAUAUUUGCUCAUCCAACGCUUGCAAGUAUGGCUUCAAGUGCGGGAUCUGUUAACCAUGAAGUCAAAGCUGAAAUUGCUCCGUUUUCACUGCUCGGGACCGAGUGGGGAAUUCAAAACGCUCGCCUCGAGGUCGCCAAUCUCUGUCAGCUAGCUCCAUCCGACAUUGAAGACGUGUAUCCCUGUACGUCCCUGCAAGAAGGGCUGAUGGCUCUGUCUGCAAAGAACGAGGAUGCUUAUGUCGCACAACGAGUGCUCGAUCUUCCCAGUCUCAUCAUCGCUGAACAAUUGAAAGCUGCAUUCGACACAGUGGCUGGAUCCUCCCCGAUAUUAAGAACGCGGAUCGUGCAAGUACCCGGCCGUGGGCUGAUGCAGGUCGUGGUGGGAGGAGAGCUUCAGUGGAGCAGAAGCCGCCAUCUGGACGAAUACCUGGCUCGCGAUCGAGAGGAGUCGAUGGGUCUGGGGGACAAGCUGGCCAGAUUUGCCAUCGUCAGCAACGGUGACCAGGGAAGGGCACAUUUGGUGUUGACGAUACACCAUGCUCUGUACGAUGGGUGGUCGAUGCCGCUGAUUGUUCACCGAGUGAACGAAGUGUUCCAGGGCCGCGAGGCCGUGCCCCCGACUCCGUUUGUCAGCUUUAUCAAUUAUCUCCAGUCCAUGAAUUGGGACGAUUCUGCCACAUUCUGGAGGGAGCAGCUUGCAGGCGCGGUAGGCAGACACUUUCCCAUCAUGCCUUAUACGGGCUACCAGCCGCACGCAGGCUCUCUGUUGGAACAUUAUACCAAGCUUCCCAAAAGUAACAGUUCGAGUACGACUCUCGCUGUUGCUAUCAGAGCAGCGUGGGUCCUGGUUGCCGCUCGAUAUGCGUCCUGCGACGACCCAGUCUUCGGAGAGACUCUUACUGGACGCAAUUCACCAGUCACCGGUAUUGGCGAAAUUGAAGGACCGCUUAUUACAACGGUGCCGAUGCGAGUUCAUGUGGACUGGCAGGCUACUGUCUCUGAAUAUGUGCAAGCCAUCCAUGAGCAGAUAACAAUGCGUAUCCCUCACGAGCAUAUGGGUCUCCAACACAUCAGAAAGGUCAGUCCAGAUGCGCUCACAGCUUGUGAGCUUAAGACAGGGAUUGUGUUGCAUCCCAAAGCAGAGGACGUUCAGAUCGACCUUGACCAGAGUCCCGCGUACGGGUUCGUACCUGUCGAUGAUCUUGAAGCAGCACGCGAGGCAUUGAAGUUCAAUUCUUACGCGCUGAUGUUGGUCUGUUCACUGGACUCCAGCGGCUUCUUGACCAUGGCCAGCUUUGACUCAAAAACUGUCGAUCUGUCUCAGAUGCAGCAAAUCUUGAGCGAGUUUGGGCACACCGUCCAAGAACUCUGCGAAGGGAGGGAGCGACCAUUAUCGAGUCUCGCAAUCUUCCAAUCACGAAAACGACAAGACCAAAUCCCAAUCACUGGUUUGGCCCUCCAUGAGGUAGCCAAAUCCGAAUUUUCUGAAUUAAUAAAAGCUCCAGAAGCAGUGAAAGGGCUGUGGAUCGUGGACACAAAGUCUCCUUCUCGCCUCUUGCCAACAGGUGCCGUGGGAGAAGUAUUAAUUGAAACUUCGUCGCAGCUGUCGGCUCCUGCCAUCGCAUCGCCAGCUUGGUUCGCUGAAGCAAAUGCCGGGGAUUCACAUGGGCAGACCUGCCUCUACAGCACCGGACUGCUCGCAAAGUCUCAGAGUGACGGAUCUCUCGUCUUUCUAGGGAAGAAAGACAGCACACAUGAGUCUCUCCCGCCGACACAAACCGACGCCAACGCUGUUGGAAAGCAAGAACCUCGAUUGACGCCACGGCUCGAUCAGUUGCGUGGCCUGUGGAGCAGGAUCCUUGGUGUUCCAGAGGCUGAAAUUACCUCCAACAGCAGCUUCUUUGCGCUCGGCGGUGACUCGAUCGGGGUCAUGAAACUGGUUUCUGAGGCACGGAUGGAGUGUCUCGAGCUGAAGGUGGCAGAUGUAUUUGACCAUCGCCACCUAGACGAAAUGGCCGAGAUCAUGAAGGUGAUCCAUUCGACCACAAAGGCUGACAUACUCGACUCGGCGCCCUUCUCAGCAUUGGAAGUCGAAAAUCCAGAGGCCUUCGUCUCCAACAUGGUGAAGCCACUGCUCGCUCGACAGGACUGGGAGAUUACGGAUGUCCUACCAGCUAGACCUCUCCAAGAAAUUGCGGUAGGAGGCACCAUCAAACUGCCACGCUAUUCGGCGCGGUACGAGCUCCUCUACUUUCAGAGCGCGGUCAAUCGUGGUCGCUUGUUCAAAGCCGCCCAGGAUCUGGUGGCCCGUAACGAGAUCUUGAGGACCGUGUUUGUCCGACUUCAUGGAGAGUACUGUGCCGUGGUGCUCAAGAGUCUCCAAGUGGAAAUCGUCGAGCACGAGAUCAACGGUGACGUGGAAGAAUUUUCGCGGAAGCUGUGCGAUCUUGAUAUCCAAGUGAAAAUGCCGUUGGGCGGAGCCUUUGUCAAAUUUUUCUUCGUUCAGUCGGAAAAUGGCAAAGGUGCCUUGAUUCUGAAGAUCUCACACGCUCAGUAUGAUGAGAUUUGCCUGCCGAACUUGCUGCAUCAACUGGCGGCACUGUAUGAAGAGAGGGUGGUUCAGGAGACCGUGCCCUUCUCGUCAUACGUGUAUCACGUUAUCAAAGAAAAUGUUCCCCAGGGCAUUCAGUAUUGGCGUGAGUUGCUCAAAGGAUCUUCAAUGACCACACUGCGGCCGGAGUUGCCUCGUCGUUCCGAUAAGAUUACUUCGCUCACGAAAGCUGUGGAUAUCUCCAGCCGCAACAAGGAGACGACCAUCGCCACACUCCCUGUGGCCGCAUGGGCGCUCACUCUAGCUCGUCGACUGGCGAUCCGUGACAUCACGUUCGGCGAAGUCGUUAGCGGUCGCAACAUAGGCUUCCCCAACUGCGACAUGGUCGUGGGCCCGACGUGGCAGUAUGUCCCCGUCCGAAUCCAGUUCGCCGAGACGUGGACCACGGUAGAUUUGCUGCGGUAUGUGCAACAGCUCCACAUCACGAGCAGUCGGUUCGAAGGUAUCGGCUUGAAAGAGAUCGUGGAGCACUGCACCGACUGGCCUUCUUCAGUGGACUGGUUCGACUCGGUCGUUCAUCAGGAUGUCGCACACGUAACCGACCUGUCGUUCUCGUCUACCCCCUGUCGUCUCGAGACCAUCUACCCACAUCUUGAGCCCUUGAGAGAAUGGAAGGUCCAGGCAUUCCUGGAGGGCAAUACGAUGACUUUGGAAAUUGUCACAUUCGAAGAUUGGUGUGAAUUUGCGACGGCAUUGCUGGACGACCUGGUGGCGAGUAUGAAUCAGUUGGUCCAAAGUCCAACAUCAUUGCUGUUUUGA